ACGCGGGCUUGAUGGCCAUUCGUCGCUACCACGAGUCGCGCGGCGACGCGCAGCGCAACGUCUGCAUUAUUCCGCGAUCGGCGCACGGAACCAACCCAGCCUCCGCCGCCAUGAUCGGGAUGGAGGUCAAGUGGAUUGAUGAUUCCAAGGGCACCCUGGACGUCGAGGAGCUCACCGCACUGGCCGCGGAGUACAAGGACCGCUUGGCCGCACUGAUGAUCACGUAUCCGAGCACUCAGGGCGUCUUCGAGGAGGAAAUUGUGCGGAUCUGCAGCGCGAUUCACAACAACGGUGGCAUGGUCUAUAUGGACGGAGCAAACAUGAACGCUCACCUAGGCCUCACGGCGCCGGGAGUCAUCGGGGCCGACGUUUGUCAUCUAAACUUACACAAAACCUUCUCGAUUCCUCAUGGCGGUGGAGGACCAGGUAAUAUAAUAACUCUACUUUUCUCUUGAAAUUUUUACUUCAAUCAAUCAAUGUUGACCUCAGUGUCAGUGCAUGACUCGUUGUACAACUAUCUGCGUCUGCAGUUUUUCAAAUUCGAAGAUACUGCAGCUCAUUCGUAAUCUAAUCUUGUAUAAUCUUUACUGACCACCUACUCCUACCUAGGUAUGGGACCGAUCUGCUGCAACAGCAAAUUGGCACCGUUCUUGCCGGGACAUUUCAAGCUAGGCGAUGCGGAAGGGGC